UUUUCCAUUUUGGUUAAUUCCCUGGGGCAAUGCUCGAUUGUUUUCAAGAUUCGCAGGCAAGAUGGGUUCGGUGUACUUGCUUUGAGUGGUGGGGAAGAGAAGGCUCUAUCUCUCUCUUGGUGUGGCCGCUGAGGAGGAUCUACAAGAGUAAGAUUUGCAGGCAAGACGGGUUCGGUGUGCUUGCUUUGAGUGGUGGGGAAGAGAAGGCUUUUUCUUUUUUACCAUUCCAUCUCAUGGCUUCCAAGAGCAACCCACUCGCACAUCAAUCAGGAGAUACCUCAGAGGAUAUACUCGACAAGAUCUUGGAGACCUUGCCAGAGUUGGAAAAACUGAUAUCUUCUGUAAAGAAAUGUCCUUUAGAAAGAAGCGAGAAGGAAGGAGAGAUUACUGAGAUAGAUAAUGAAAAAGUUAGUAUACCAAGGAGCGUGAGUGCUCCUCCUGCUUUGACUCAUGUUGCAUUUGAUGGCAAACUGAUGUUGAGGCUAAAACAUCAUUUCCGACACCUCAAACUGAAGCUGGGAAAGCUGGAUCAGUUUCAAACAUAUGUCGGAGUAGAGUUGGAUAAACAUCUUGUUGCCCUUCGGUCACUGAUUACAAAUUUGGAUUCCCCCAGCGUUUCUUCUCAAACUACGUAUUGGAUCAAGUCAGACUUGGAAGACAUUGAGAAGAAGAUCUCUGAUUUGUUGUACCAAGUCCCCUUAUUGUCUGGCAGGUCAGAAAAACAGAUAGCAACAGCAUAUGGUGAUGAGGAUGAUGAAGACGAGGUUCAUCAUGACAAUGUCUAUUAUCUCCGCGGCCUACAUACAAACGUGGAAAGACUCAUCAAAUGCGAGGCUUUCAGACAAGUGAAACGGAAUUUUAUGGAACUUGAGGCUGAACGGAAGAUCUGCCUUCUGAGUUUCGCUGUGUUCCCGGAGAACAGAGAGGUUCAUAGAACAGUGCUGAUGUAUUGGUGGAUAGGAGAGGGGAUUCUCAAUGUCAAGACAGCUGAAGAAGAUGUAAGGAAAAUUCUAAAGGACUUCACUGAGAAAAAGUUGGUCGAACCCGUUGAAGAGAGGCGCAAACUGGCUCCAAGCAGCUAUAAGAUGAGCCCUUUUGUGCAUUCUUCAGUUGUUCUCAUCUCAAAGGAGAUUGGGCUUUUUGAUAUUUACGGCGAAGAGUCUAAGCCACGCAUGAACAUGUCAGAUAUGGGAAAGGUAUUCCUUGUGGAAGGGUCGGCAAUCCAGCCAGAGGCAACCUCUAGAAAAAUGCCAUCACUGAAAAUUGAAACAGUGCUCAAUGUCUCUGAGAGGUAUCCGGACUUCGCAGUCAGGUGGUUCUUGAAGAAUCCACGUAAACACAGGAGAUUCACGAUCAACUCAUCAGAAGAUUGGUUCAAGUCACUCAAGGUGUUUUAUUUGGGAAGAUGGGAAAGAAGUCAGAAACGUCACAUCGAGGUACAGAAUCACGAGCUCAUGAAGUGUUUAAAACAUGUGACAAAAGUAAGACUGCUAAGUCUUCAAGGGAUCUCGACAAUUAGAAGCCUAAAUAAUUCGGUUUGUAAGCUACGCGAGCUAGUCAUCUUGGACCUCAGGGAAUGCUAUGACCUGACGAAACUCCCAGAUGAAAUAGAUUCACUCGAGAAUCUGGUCUACUUGGAUAUGACAGGCUGCUAUAUGUUGGAGUGGAUUCCCUCAAGGUUGGCUUAUUUGGAUAACUUAGAGGUCCUCAAGGGCUUUGUUGUUAGCGAUGACAUCUAUGACGGUGGUUCGUGCAAGCUGAUUUAUUUGAAGCACUUGCGGAAACUAAGAAAGCUCAGCAUCGAAAUAAACCGAGAUGAUUUCCGUUUGCACGAAUUGAUGGAGGAUCUUGCAGAUCUCAAGUCGUUGACAAGCUUGAAAGUGACAUGGAGGAGGGAUCUCGACUUCUAUGACGGUGGGUCAAGCAAGCUGAUUUAUUUGACGCGCACUGUCACUCGUUCUCUUCCCAAGAAUCUCAGACGUCAGGUUCGUGUCCCUUUUCAGUUAAAGAAGCUGAGUCUGCAGCGUUUUCCAGAAGAAGAACUUCCCACUUGGCUUCAUCCUCACAAUCUACUUCACUUGAAAAAGCUACACAUUGGAGGAGGUAGAACCCUAAAGGGUUUCGGUGACUUGCCGGAGGAGGCAACACCAUGUGCUGUUGAGGUCUUGCGUCUCACGUCCCUCCCCAAGCUAACAGUUGGUUGGAUAGAGCUCAAGCAACUAUACUUCCCAAAUCUUAUUUUUUUGGAGAACUAUGAGUGUCCAAGAGUUACUCUCACUCCCUGCGAUGGAAAUGGAAUCUGGAGAUCUGACCAAGACUGUUCAACAAUAACGGAGUAACCCAUCUAAAAGGUUUUAUCUGAUCGAGAUAUUAAGCAAUGCUGCAAUGAUAUGACUGAUUUUAUUGUUUUUAGUUGUGAGAUAACAAAGUGGUAAUGUAUUGGUUUUCCUAUUUUGGUUUGUUAAAAGUCUGGGUGUUUUCCAUUAUUCCUCUAUAAUUAAUACUUUAAUCCGACUAUAAACGGUGUGGUUAGAGAUGUUAAGGCAACAUCGACUGAUCCACGCACCCCUAUAUUGUCUACAGCUCGUUGUGUAUGU